UGUAGGCUUGAACAUUCUUUGCUGAGUCUCUGAUAGAAAAUGAAGAUUGCUGAGUUGGUAACUGACUCAGCCAUGACCAAAAAUUGGAGCAGAGACUUUGUAGACUAUUAUAAUUCAGGAUUUAACAGUGAUGACUUCUGCCUUAUGGAAAAGCUGCCAUUUGCUUCUAUCUUUAUCUCUGUCAUCUACUUCAUGAUUUUCUUCAUUGGCUUCUUUGGGAAUUUCUUUGUGGUCCUGGUGAUGGUGCAAAAACGAGGCAACCAGAGGCUUGUGGACAACUUCAUCCUCAACCUGGCCAUUGCUGACCUUGUCUUUGUGUGUACUUUGCCCUUCUGGGCUUUGUCAGAAGCAUUUGGUACCUGGUGGUUUGGUGAAGAGCUGUGCAAAUUUAGCAGCUAUGCCAUUUCUGUGAACCGUUGCUCAAGCAUCUUGUUCCUGACAGGCAUGAGUGUGGAACGCUUCCUUGUGAUGAAUAAGCACUGGGAUUCCAGGUCCUUCGGGACCAAGAGAAAUACCAACAUGACCUGCAGUUGCAUCUGGGUGCUUUCCCUUCUAUUAGGAAUGCCAUCUUUGGUCUACAGAAAGCUGAUCCUUGUGGGAGACAAGUUUUCAUGCCAGGAUGAGGAGCCUUCUGUCAUCUAUACGUUCGCUGUACCUUUUUUGACUUUCCUGCUAUCCUUGGGAGUAAUCUUGUUCUGCUACUGCUCAAUCUUCUCCAUGCUCCGGGGUCAUGUCAACUUAGGCAGGAGAAGAAACCAUGCCCUUAAAAUCAUCUUUGUCAUCAUUGGGGCAUUCAUCUGCUGUUGGUUGCCCUUCAAUAUCUUCACAGCUUUCAUCACUUACAGUAUGGUACAGAACGUCAACCUUUCUUGUGAGGCAUUGAAAUCUCUUAGGAGGGGACUUACUAUCAGCGCUUGCCUGGCUUUCACAAACAGCUGCAUUAAUCCCAUCAUCUAUGUCUUUAUGGAUCAGCAAUUCCGGCAGAAGGUACUGAAGAAUUUCCUAGGUCUUUGUCACCCAAGGGAAAAUGCGCAAAGCUCAGCCAUGUCCUUUUCAUCUACAGAGUCAAGUCUUCUGUUUGCCAGCAGAAAGAAGUGCAUACCAGCCACAACUGUUAGCAGUGGGGCAGGUUUUUGUGCCUCUAAGAGAGAGAUAUAGUUGGUAUUGUUCAGAGCAUAUAGCAGAAUUGUUGAGCCAUGUUAGUUAUGGAAGAGAGAGGAGGGAGGUGGCUUAGAGGCUUAGUUUUCUUGCCUAAGGAAAAUGGAUGUUUUUAAAAUUUCUGAUAAGCUUUUGUUUUUUAAAUUUCUGAUUUUUGCUAUAAUAUCAAAGGAAUGUUUUUUAAGGAUGUGUUACAUGUACUCCAUAAAUUUAUAAAAUAAAAUCCUGUGUAUAUAAAUUGUCCAUUGAUCUGUAGGAUAAAAAUGCAGAUUUAACGCUUGCACAGAUUUAUAAGAACUUCUUCAACUGCUAAAAGAUAUUUCAUAUAUGAAUAGAGUGACUUGCAAUAGUAAUUAUAUACACUGCUAGAAAGUAGAUGACUUGGCUGUAUGUGUAGUUAUAAGCCUACCUGCCUGCCUUAGCUCUUUAUUUAGAUUCUUUGUAGCUUUUGCAAUUUGAUUAUUGAUUGCUGAUUGAAAAUGUGUUUAAAUUAGUAUAAAAAGAAAAUGAUAGGUGAGAAUGUAUUUUGAUAGCAAGUAUUCUUUAAGACAACGUGCCAAGCAAAUGAAACUACCACACCUCAUAAU